UUAAGGCGCCAAUUUUGAGUCGCCAUUGACGUUGAAAUCGUUUUUCUGUGAUUAGUCUGUACAAAAACUGCGACAAUGACUGAAAACACAUUCCCUGUUUAUACUGCGGAUGCGAUAGUAAACUUUUACCGAACAGAAGUUCUCACCGGUCAAGAGGCGAAACACUUAACCAGGAGCGACCUGGCUCCUGCUCCCAAGCCAGAGACCGUUCAAACGCUGUACAUGAGGGUGUUGCAUCUCCUGUAUCGCUUCAGACCAGAGUGUCACUCCAUGGUUCCACUUUUGGAGAACAUUCAGUAUCCGGUAAAUCACGAGGGGGCUACUGCUAUCAUGAGCGUCUACAUGCGCAUGAGGCAGUUUCUGCCUAUGUGCUUUGUGUACGAUUUUUCACUGAACGACCUUCUAGCUCCAAAAAAACAGAGGACUCUGAGUGUUCUGAGUGCCAUCAUGAACUUUCUUUACUUCAGGAAGCAGCGGAUGGAGAUGGUGUUGGAGAAGCAGGCCAAAUUUAGGGCAGACAUGGACAGGCUGCAGGCGUACUCCAAAGGCAUUUUAGAAGCAGAGAAGAAGAUUGAGAUGCUGACGACCAUCCCACCAGAGCAGCAGGCUGAGGCCGACGAGCUGGCGGCCGCUCUCUCUGAACUACAGGCCACCACUGUGCACGAAUACCAGGAAGUGAAUGCUAUAAACGAAACCAUCGCAGAGUGGAAAGCCAAAAUUGCAGAGAAGACCCAGAAACUGGCCCAGGUGAAGGUGGACGUCAGCAACCUGAAGGAAGAUGUCGGCAAACUCAAGUCUCAGAUUGUGGAGUCUCCAGAGGAGCUGAAGACUCAGAUGGAGAGGAUGAGGGAGAACGUCAAGAACAUCAAGCACUCUAUCGAAGAAACAGAUGAGCGUGUGGUGGAGCUGCAGAACAUGGUGCAGAGUGUGACUCAAACUGAGGCUGAGAUCCAGCAGAUGUACCACCUGCUGCAGGACCUGGAGAGCAGCAUGAAUAACACCAAGCAGCGACAGGAGGAGCACCAUGAGCUGAUGGUUCAGUAUGAGAAGAAGCACAAAGAACUGAAGAACCUGUGCAGUGAGGAAGGCCAGCUGAAGCGAACUCUGGGCAUGAAGCUGGACAAAGUGUCCAAACAGAACAUCCGCAGGCAGAAGAAGAAGGAGAUGAAGGAGCAGCAUGUUCAAGAAGUGUUGGGGCAGUGUAACCAAAUCUAUCAGAAGCGCGAGGACAUGGCUGACAAAAUCCAAGAGAUCUCCAGAGAGACGCAGCAGCUGAAGGCCAAGAUCCAGAGCCUGAGGGACGUCUGCAGCAAAGAGACGGAGAAGGCUCAGGCCCUGUAUGACACCCUGUCCAUGUCGAUUGAUGAGCUGCACAAGAGGGUCGACGCACACGUUGAGGACAUGAAACAUGACGUCGCCAAGAUGUCAGCAGUCUUUUAAAUACAUUUGGUGUCUUUUAUCAUUUUACUCCAUGGUAUUUCUUCUGUUCUGUGUUUUUUACUCUUCUAACUUUCUGUUCUCUUUUUUUUUUGACCCACUACUAUUUAAAUGUUUAAAACAGAGUUGUAUAUUAAUGACCGUGCUGCCGUCUUGGAUAAUAAAUCUGAUCAGUCCAGACUGU